AUGGCACCACGACGUUUCCCCGGUGAAGAUGUGGACACCGCGCCCUUGGGCCAGCCUCUGCAUUUCGAAUUCAGUGGCAAGACGGCAUCGAACCGCUUCAUGAAGGGUGCCAUGACGGAGAGGCUGUCAACUUGGGACCCAAAAGACCUCCCUAAGCGUGGUGUGCCGACGAAGGAGCUCAUAAAUGUUUACCGAAGAUGGGGAGAAGGUGGCUUUGGAGUGAUUUUGACAGGAAACACCAUGUUCGAGUACGACCAGCUCGAAGCCGCCGGAAACCCCAUCAUCCCUCGCGAUGCACCCUUCUCGGGACCACGAUUCGAGGCUUUCAAGGAGAUGGCGUCCCAGUCAAAGGCACACGGCAGCCUGGCAGUCUGUCAAUUAUCCCACCCUGGCCGCCAGGUUGCUGCCAAUAUCCAAUCUCAUCCGAUAUCCGCCAGCGAUAUUCAGUUGGAAGGCGAUGUCAUGGGGAUGACAUUUGCGAAGCCCCGUGCUAUGGAGAAGGCAGACAUAGAAGCUGUCAUCGACGGUUUUGCUCAUGCCGCCGAGUACUGCUACAAAGCCGGGUUCGACGGAAUACAGCUUCACGGAGCGCAUGGUUACCUCCUCGCACAAUUCUUGGCACCGUCCACGAACAAGCGAACCGACAACUAUGGGGGCUCGCUCAUGAACCGAGCGCGCCUGAUCUUUGAGAUCUCAGACGAGAUUCAAAAGCGGGUCAACGACAAGAAGUUCAUUGUCAGCAUUAAGGUCAACAGUGUCGAGUUUCAGGACGGCGGCUUCUCCCCUGAGGACUGCCGCGACCUUUGUGUCGAGCUAGAAAGGCACAACUUUGACUUCGUUGAGCUCUCGGGCGGUACCUACCAGGCGUUGGGCUUCUCGCACAAGCGGGAAUCAACCAAGAAGCGAGAGGCCUUCUUCCUUGAGUUUGCCGACAUGAUUGUGCCACAGCUGAGCAAGACGAAGGCCUACGUGACGGGUGGGCUGCGCACUGCUGGAGCCAUGGUCGACGCACUCAAGAGCGUCCACGGUGUCGGCCUUGCACGACCAGUGUGCCACGAGUUUGACUUGCCGAAGAAGAUGCUCGAAGGCAAGGUCAAGAGCGCCAUUGAUUACAAGAUCGACGAAUCAGAUUUCGGAGCGACCAACGUCGCUGCGGGAACACAGAUCCGUCUGGUAGGGCAGGACAAGGAGCCCCUGGACUUGAGCGAUGACAAGUACUAUGACAUUUUCAUGAACUCAAUGCAGAAAUGGGGUGGUGAGAUGGGCGAGAACAAGGACAACUCCAAGUACGGGUAUGUCGAUAUCGAAGGCACGAAGCUGGAGCCAUUCGGAACAGCCUACGGCAGUUCUUGA